AUGAACAAGCCUCUGAACGCGUUGGUGGUGUGCGGCCCAUCUGGUGUAGGCAAGGGAACCCUACUGGGCCGCCUUAUCCGUGAGUACCCCAACCGCUUCGCCUACUCGGUGUCGCACACAACUCGUAAACCACGUCAGGGAGAGGUAGAUGGCCGUGAGUAUCACUUCAUAGACUGUGAGAGCAUCCUCAAGAUGCGCGACAACAACGAGUUCCUCGAACUGUGCGACGUGCACGGUAACCUCUACGGCACGAGCGUCGCCGCCGUGCACGCCGUACAGCAGGAGGGGAAGGUGUGCAUCAUCGAGAUAGAUGUGAAGGGGGCACAGAAACUGUUCGACCGCACCGACAAGGCGCUGAACGCCGUGUACUUCUUCAUAACGGCUCCAAAGGAAGAGCUGCGCAAGCGCAUCAUGAAGCGUGGCGCCGAUAAUGAGGCGAUGCUGCAGCGGCGUCUUGAGACAGCCGAGUCAGAGUACAAGUUUCUCGAGGAGAAUCCCGACUUCUUCUCCGUGCUGCUGGUGAAUGAUGAGCUGGAGGCGGCGUACGCUGGUCUCUUGGCCGCCAUCAAUGACCAGCUGAGGAAGCACAACAUGGAGAAACUGACUGCCUAG